UUCAAACUAGAACCAGACCCAGAGGAAGAUCAACCUGGUAAUGGAAUCAUAUCAGUUUUUAAAGGUCAUCAAUUUAAAAGCAGAUCUUACGACAAGCAAUUAGUUGAUAAGCUGGAUGAAAAAUAUGAAACGAAUACCUCUUCGUUCGCUGAAGAUCUUGAGGACCUGUUCAAGAACAAUACCAAUAUAGCUGGAUACCCAUUCGUAACUUCAGAAGUGUACAUUCUCUUGCUAUUCGAAAUAGCGAGACAACGAGUAAAGGGUUCGGACGAAAUGAAAAAGUACAACAAACUCAAGAUUGAUGAAGCAAUUACAAAUCUCAUAGCACUGAUGAAAGCUGAUUAUUGUAGAUUCGACGACGUAUUUUUGGAAGGAGGAAAAUUUCAUUGCUUUAAUGGCGAACCUAAAGAUAGAGAAACUGUUAUUGAAAAGAUUGAA